CAUGCUGAAGGAGGGAGAGCUGCGACUGGACUCAAGUCCUAACAGCCGGGAGAGGCAGAACAACACUAUAACAAAGAGUGAGAAAGAUUAUUGAUCAUUUUAGUUGGAUCUAUGAGAAAUAAGGCGGGAAAUAUCACUAAAGGGUCUAUUUUUGCGUGCGUAUUCAUGUCUAGACAUGAUUGACCGAGAAAACGCGCGUUUUUGAUGGACUCCUCCGUCUCCAAAGGGCUGAAGGUGAGCUCAUGCCAAGACCCAAGCACUCCUGGAUAUCUAUAACGCGCACACUGCCAGGAUGGAUCUGUUUAACGCCACCGGAGUGGACGCGUUCACGGUGAUCCACCUGAACGCCUCCUGGAGCGCAGACAGUGGAUAUUCUUUAGCAGCGAUCGCCAGCAUCGCCGCGCUCGUAAGUUUCCUUAUCCUCUUCACGGUGGUUGGAAAUAUCUUAGUGGUGAUAGCAGUGCUGACGAGCAGGGCGCUGAAAGCGCCACAGAACCUCUUUCUGGUGUCUUUAGCCACCGCAGACAUCCUAGUAGCCACUUUGGUGAUGCCGUUUUCCCUCGCCAAUGAGCUCAUGGGCUACUGGUAUUUUGGGAAAGUUUGGUGCGGUAUUUAUCUUGCUUUGGAUGUUUUAUUCUGCACCUCUUCUAUUGUUCAUCUGUGCGCAAUAAGCCUGGACCGGUACUGGUCCGUUACGCAGGCUGUAGAGUACAACCUGAAGCGGACUCCAAAGCGCGUCAAGUGCAUCAUCGUUAUUGUGUGGCUCAUAUCUGCCUUCAUCUCAUCCCCACCUCUCUUAUCCAUAGACAGCAACAACCCCGUCAGCCCCCUGCCUCAGUGCGAGCUCAAUGAUGAAACCUGGUACAUCCUCUCCUCCAGCAUCGCCUCCUUCUUCGCCCCCUGUGUAAUCAUGAUCCUAGUGUACAUCAGGAUCUACCAAGUGGCAAAAACAAGAACCAGGAGCAUGUCAGGGAAAGAGCCCAGACCAGAUGGUGUCACACAAACUGAGAACGGAGUGAGCAAAGCCAACUCCCCUUACCAUGGAGAUAAAGAGAAUGGCCACUGCCAGUGCCCGCCUACGCCCAGCCAUCGCACGGUCACCAUGGGACAGCAGAACGAGGACCCAGACCUGGACGAGAGCUCCUCCUCAGAGGGCAAAGGUCACAAAACUCAAAGACAGGACUCUCAAGGAGCCAAGAGACCCAGCCUGAAGAAAAGCUCCAUCUCUAAGCAGCCUGCUCGCAUCUCCAGAGUCAGCAACAAAUCCAUAGACCUCUUCACUUCCAGGAGGAGACGUCGGCGGAGCUCCAUCGCCCAGAAGAAGGUCUCACAAGCCAGGGAAAAGAGGUUUACAUUCGUCCUGGCUGUGGUCAUGGGUGUGUUUGUUGUGUGCUGGUUCCCCUUUUUCUUCAGCUACAGCCUGUACGGUGUAUGCAGGGAAUCCUGUAAGAUCCCUGACCCGCUCUUUAAAUUCUUCUUCUGGAUUGGCUACUGUAACAGCUCCCUCAACCCCGCCAUCUACACCAUCUUCAACCGGGACUUCAGGCGCGCCUUCCAGAAAAUUCUCUGUAAGUCGUGGAAAAAGUCCUUCUAGGUCUGAAACAGAACUGCUGAACCACGGUGACAAUCUUAAAGGGAAAUAUCAAAGUGAUUUCUUUUUUUAAAAAAGGAGCCUGUGUUGUCUAAUUGCUGUUACAUCUCAUUGUCUUGUUGUAAUUUAUGGCAGCCCACCAUCAAACCCCUAACCAAGUGUCUCUCAAGAGUCAGCCUACUGUUAUGUUUCCAUUUCAGGCAUUUUGAGUCUGAUAAGAGAGUGCAACUGUCCUUUUCUUCUCACUGAAGUGUGAUGUAAAGCUCUAUAAUGUCUUUAAACAUGUAUAAAUGAUUGCACAAGGCCAGACCUAUCUGCUGAGGGGGCCAAGGGCACAAGCUAGCCCCUGGGCCCCCCCAAACCCACCUUGGUUCCUCCAACUCUCCUCAAUGUGCACUUUUUCCCCCUUUUUUCCCCCUAGAAAAUACCACAGGUUUGCUUUGUGAUACUUUCAUUUAUUGUAGUAAUUCAGGAAGUUAAACAUGCGGGUGCAAAAUGGACAGUUGAGGACACAAACUUGUUUUCAAAACAGGGAACCUUUCAAAACGGUACAAACUGAUUAGCUGGCAUUAAGAGACACAUUUUCAUGAUCAUUUUUCAUUUUCUAAAGAUUAAUACAACAGCCAUACUUGCACAGCAAAUGUCCUGCUGGAUCAAGCAGCUAGUUAGCUUAGCAUAAAGAGGGAAAAAGCUCUUAACUCUGUAUAGAUCCAACACAAUCUGCCUUAUAACAAAAUCCUGUCUGUUUAACAAAUCAGAAACAAUUCACUCUUCUAAAGAGGGAUAUAUGCUAGGCUUGAUGAUCAACAGCCGCCAGGAAACAAGUGGAGACUCCACAAUGUUACUCAUUUUUUGAAUUGUUGGUUUUUAACCUUACACAGUAAGAUUUUGUAUGGCUAAAAGCAGUGGAUCCCAAGUUUUUUCAACUAAAUGUAUCUAAGAAAAGCUGAGCCCUCUCUUACACCUUCAGGGGGUCCUAGACCCCAGGUUGGGAACCCGUGGGCAAAACAGUGGUUCUCAACUGGUGGGCAGGGACCAAAAAGUAGGUCAGGGUUAGGGGUUCAGAGGGUUCUGAAUUUUUGCCUAGAAAAAAGUAGCAAUAAAGCUGCAUUCAUACAUUUUAUUUUACUGAAUAUUUUCUAAUGAUAACAAUGUUUACUCAAGAUUUCAACUUAGUUGUCUCCUUUUUUAGUCAAAAUGACAAAGUUAUUCCGUUAGUAGAUGUAAUGCAUUAAACACAAAUAUUUGGGUUCCAGAAAUGGCGCAUUAAUUUGAUUAACCUCAGUAAAUUGCUUUGCUGUCCCUUUCAGCACACUUUCAUGCAGUGUCUUACUCCAGCCACAGUGAGGUGAAAUAAAUAAAAAAAAAAAACCUCUGAGAUAGCUCAGUGGACAAGUCAGAAGUCAUCUGCCGCACAAUGACUUUUUUUGUUCCCAUUUUUCCUUUUUAAUCCAUAACAAGCUCCUUUUUCCAAGACAGUCUGGCUGCAGACCGUUUAAUACUCUCACAGACUGUUCAUCUUAGAUGCCGUAUAUCUCAAAAAAAGGAAGUGUUGUAAUUUUGCUGGUACAACAUAUUUUUUAAUUCAACUUUAUUCAUAAAUAAGGUCUGGUGGUUACGUGCAUAAAAUAACCACACUGCAAACAUUACAGACUAAGCAACAUUUCAUAAAGACCAUAGAGAAAAGAUCAGGUGUCUCACCCAGGACUAAAUUAUGGAUAAACGUGUUUUAGAAGUAGUUACACGAAUGAUGGAUCGCUUUGCUUUCCUAACUUUAGUUAAAACCAACGUAGCUAAACUACAUUAUUAACCUUACUCUAUAAGCCAAUGUAGCUAAGAUAACUUUAGCAAAUUUAGCUAAAGCCAACUUAGCUAUGUAAGUAAGUAGUUUACAUCUAAAGUAUACAUACCUUAGCUUUAGCUACAUUAGCUACAUAGCUAUGGUAGCUAAGUAGCUCUGUUAUCUAUGUAGCUUAUGCAGGUAACGGAGCUAGGGUAUACUUAAGCUAAACUUGCUGCAUUAAAAUGUUUUAAUGGAGGACAAGCUUUUGUUUCUUGUAAGCAGUCUUUUUACUUUUAGUAUCCCAACCGUUACCCUAAGCAUGGGGCAGGGCACACCUGGAGGGGCGUCACCAACACCAAAGAUCUCAAGGGGGUCGCAGGUCUCUGUCUGCGUUGACGUCAAAAUUAGAUUUGCAGAUAUUUUCUUAGAAUCAUGAGCAACAACAUAAUGUACGAUGGUAGAUUAGGGCCUUAAUAAAGGAUUAAGGAAGUUUUACAUUUACAGGAAUCCAAACUCUGAAUUUCUGAGAUUAAAACUCAUACAUUUACUAGAAAAAAUUGAAAUAUUUUUACUUAAAAGGUUAUAAAUUGCUACAUUAUAAACUCAAAAAAUUCAAGUAAAGGUAUUAUUUUUUGAUCUUUCUCAAAAAAUGAAUAGAUUGUCUUUAUUGUCUUUAUUUUUAGGAGGCCAUCAUACGCUGUCAUGAUAAUAGAUAGCCCUAACCCUAAACAGAGGUUUAAUCCAGUUUUAUUUUGAAAGUUUUAGUGUGUGUUUCCAUCCCAAGAUAUAGAAUGCUUCCUAGAUGAACGGUCUGCAGCCAGACCCCUCUCCCUUUUUCCGAGGUUCAGGUCAUGUCAUCACCUUCAAUCCAACCAAAAUUCCCUAUUGUAUUUAAAAAUAAAAGCAGGUCUGUAUCCAAACAGGAAGUCGAUGACCCUUAGUUUAAGAAAGCACAAACCUUUUUUAAUGAAAGAUGAACACAUUUAGAUGCAAAAUGUAGGAAUUUUAAAAUGCAACAAAAAAGGUGAAAUUAAAAGUGAUUAACUACAGAAAUCCAAUUUUAAUCAACAUUAAAAAAUGUAAAUUCUUUGAAAGCCCUGAAAAUAAAAUGUAUGAAUGCAUGCUCUUCUGUAAAGAUGAGCUUUUCAGAUCUUUUUGUUGUACCCUGUCUGUCUUAAACCUUUUUUUAGUUCUGUCCAAACUGCAACAUUAAAUACAUUUAAGCGGGUGCCCAGCACUUAGCCUGCAAUUUCUUUUUAAAUGGCUGGUGGAUCCUGAUGCCUGACCAGUUCAGAACCACUUGUUUAAAGAUUAUGUAAUGUGUUAAUUUGUGAGCUUGGUAUGUUUGAAAGGGUGGUUUUGUUUCCAAUAAAUGCUAAGAUAAGCUAAGAUAAGCUAACUUACUGCUGACUCAAGCUUCACAGUUAUUAACAAACAGGAAGUUUGUACAUUUAUGAUCGUUCCCCAAUAGGGCAAAAUGUUGAAUUAUUCCUUUAAGACAUGUAUGUCAGUGAUACAUAUAAACACCUUUGAAAGCUGACAUUAUGUCAGCAUAAAUGUUUUAGUUCUGCAUUUAUGAAAAGUUUCAAAGCGGCUUAAAAGCAGUAUGCCUCAUGCUCUUGGGGGUCACCAAGUUCUGCAGACAACAGACCAAUCAGCAGCGAUUUAUAAUCCUGCCAACACAUUUAUGGUUUUGAACAUUUUCUACUUGUUUCCUCUGUUUACAUGUGACCUCUCUACACAUGUUUGAAAUGUCUUUGAGUCCUCAGCUGUUAAUCCACAUGGAUGUUCCCCUCUUAGUCUACUAAGAAGCCUAAAAGGUUGAAACUGUACAGUGAUUUAUAAUUAAAGGGUGAUUAUUGAAGGUCUGAAAGCAUGAAUAAACCACUUGUGCUGCUUGUUCAGAAGUGCGACCAAAGUGUCACCAUGGUUUCUCAUAACACAGAUAAGAAAUGGCACAGCAGAUUAAUCUCUGCAGUCUCUGUUCUAAAUCUCUGAAUGCACCUUAAAGAUGUGAGACAGCAGUGAGAAGGGCGGGCACUUAUGAGUUUAUGCUCCAUUAUUUUUACAACGUGAGAAACAGGUCAUUAAUCUCACAUAAACUACUGAAGGAACAAAAGGAUUUUAUGUGCUGUGAUUUUUAAAGGAACUACCUCUCCUUUUGUUUUGUUACAUUGCUGUUUUUGGUUUUAUACUUUGCAAAGUGCAUUUCCUCUGCUCCUUAAACUGUCUGUCAUGGAAAAUAAUAAAGUAUG